AUGGGGUGUAUACAGUCCAAACCGGCUGUCAAGGACCCGUUACCAGACCGAGUCAGCGAAGAUGAAAGUGGAUUGACGAAAAUUGACGAAACAUUGCAAUCGCAAGCCAAGGUAGCGUCGGGUCGCAGCGUUGACGAUGCGACAGCUGGGAAAUCGGCUUCGGGUCGCCUGCCGUCGCUUUUCAGUAAAAGCCGUCGCAGGGAUGACCAGGGCGACAGCACGGACAACGGCGACGACAAAGGCGUGGAGUCGUCGCCGCGGGAAGCGACGGGCAUCCACUGUUUGCCAACGGGGGGCGUCCGCGGAUUCAAGUCCUCACAAUCCUCAGCCUCACCAGCAGGCGCUGCUGCCGCACCAACUGCGUCACCCACGCGAGGGGAAGCGCCUGCAGCAGAGGAGGCGACCACCCCUGUUGGCCCAAAGCUCAUCCGCUCCAAGGGAAAAAUUGAGAUCAUGGGGUUUGAAGUGGCAAACGUGAUCGUCAGGGCAAUCAACCUGCGCCAGUCGCUGCUAGAGCGGGAUAUAGAGGACCUUCGGGCGGAGGUGCUGGCAUCGGAGGGCAUAAGGAUGCUGGUCUCGGAUGAUUUCUACCACGUGUGGUGCAUUGCUGCCGAGGACAAGCGGGGCGAGUUGAGAGCAGUGGCGAGGGAUGUGGCACGGCUGGGCAAGCAAUGUCUCGACCCGGCACUGCAUUCUCUCACACAGGCCUUUGACGCCCUCGGCACCAUGGAUGGCCCCAAGGGCCGAAUGACAUCAGUGGAGGUGGAGGGGGAGCUGCGAGCGCUGGAGGGGCAGGCGCAGAUCACAGCGGAGCUGUACCACGAAUUGGCCAAUCUGGAGCAGCUGCAGCAGUCGCUGGACAGACGGGUGAAGCAGGACUCCGACUCCGCUGUAAACAGAGAGCUGAUAGCGCAGAUGCGGGCAGAGAUGAAGGCACAGGAGAAGAUAGUGAAGACGAUGAAGAAGAAAGGGCUUUGGUCGAAGACCAUGGAUGAGGUGGUGGAGAAGCUGGUUCAGGUGGUCAUAUUCCUGCACGACCAGAUUGUCGACGUGUUUGGGGCUGAUGUCGUGAAGGUGGGGCGCCUCAUGUCCGGCACGCCGCCCACGGCUGCUGAUCUGAGGAAGCUUGGAGUGAACGGCAUGGCGCUGCAGUACGCCAACAUUGUCAACAUGAUCGACACCAUGGUGAUGCGCCCAGCGUGUGUGGAGACUCAGAGGGAGGCUCUUUUUUCUGCUCUACCUGCUUCUGUCUGUGGGCGGUUGAAGCGCACGCUGCUCCAGUCGCAAGACAUAGAGCAGGAGAGCACGGAGAGCAUUCGGCAGAAGAUGGAGGCGGUGCUGGACUGGCUGGUUACCAUGGCAGAGAACACAAUUCGGUUCGGGCUAGACAGCAGGGUGCAGGGGCACACGGACCUAACGCUCCUGCAGACGCUGCAGCAUGUCGAUCAUCUCAAGAUGGAGCGCCUCGUGCUGCUGCUGCUCGUCGGCCUGCAGCACCUCGCCAGCCGCAGCGCGGACAAUGACUGGAACGGUGCUCCUGCUGCUGCUCUUUCGGCUGGGUCUGAUGAGGCAGUUGCGUCUAUUUCAGAGGAUUUCCGGUUCCCGUUGCCUAAGUCCACUUCUGUGGAGUCACAGGGGGCAGCUGAAGGAGCUUCUGCAGCAGCAGGAGAAGCAGCAGGAGGAGCAGCAGGAGGAGGGGGAGGAGGCAAGGAGGCAGAGUCGGCAGUUGUGCCGCCCAUAUCUCUCUCCCGCGCCCGUCGCAGCCUCUCAGAGAGCGUCCCAACGGUGGGCGACUGGGAAACCCUCCCCCGGCGCAUUGCAGCAAUGGAGGAGGAGGAGAAGGCACGCGCAGAGGAAGGGGCCUCGGAUUCUGCCGCAGCAGAGGGGUUGGGCGGUGGGGAAACUGGUCGGCCUCGAUCGGCUGGGCUUGAAGCUGGUGCGGUGGAUGCGGCAGGCUCGGCCGAGCCUCCGGUGUGGCGGCAGGUCCGGCAGGCGUCUCUUACUGACGUGUCUCUGGAGCCGGUACCUGAGGUGGAGGUGAUGGAAGGGGAGGAGGGCGAGGGCGAGGGAGAAGAGGAGGGAGAGGGGGAGAAGGGAGAGCGAGAGGAAGGAGAGGAGGAAGAGGAGGAGGUUCAUAAGAAAGAGAAGGAUGAUCUGUUGACUCCGCUAGCGUCUAAGACUGUGGGAGGUAGUGGGAGUCGACCGUCUAGUAGCAGUGGAAAGCUUGUGCCAGCUGCCGCUGCUGCCACCGCUGCUGCUGCUGGCGCUGCUGGUACUUCUGCUUCCGCAGCAGAGAAUGCCGAAUCUCCUGCUGCUGCUGCUCGUAGGGCGCUAGCUAGUGGCAUGGGCACCAGCCGGAAGAGUUUAGAAAACGCCCUUCGCAUGGGGGGUAAUGCUGGGAAACGCCCUGUGGACGCCUCCGGAGCUUUCGGAAGCCUGCUCGAUCGAAGCAAGCUGCCAGGUUCGGCAGCAGGCUCGGGGCCGCCGUUGGCGGGCGAGGCUUUGCUGGCAGCGAUGACCAUGAGCCAGGGCUUUGGUCCGGCAGCCCGAGGCGCAGCUUCAGAAGAGAUGAUGGAGGCAAUGCGAGAAGCCACGUACGGCCGAAGCAGGAGCCACACCUUUGCCAUGGCGGCUCGGCCCGAACCUAACCCGAGGUUCUUCACAAAAUCCCUAAGCAGAUACAGCCUACUGAGGCGAAUGGAAGCAGAAGAAGCAGGGGGGGGUGGUGCUGGUGGCGUUGCGGGCAGCAGCAGCACUGGGGGAGGGUCGAUAUUUGUGGCGCCUCAGAGGUUCUUACCGAUGACUCCUGCAACGGUGGAUGUAGACCGGAUUCACGAUGUGAAACCGGAUCUGGACCUCACCAGUGUGGCCGCACCUAGACUGGGAGGGAGGCUGGUGUAG